GCUUUCUCCUUCACCAUGGAAACAGUCACAUUCUUCCGUUCCCCGCCUUCCUCGGCAUCGAUCCGUGGCAAGGAACCAUCUCUCUACACAGUGAAAGCCAUUCUGAUUUUAGACAAUGAUGGAGACCGUCUUUUUGCUAAGUAUUAUGAUGACACCUAUCCCACCGUCAAGGAGCAGAAGGCGUUUGAGAAGAAUAUUUUCGGCAAGACCCAUCGGACAGAUAGUGAGAUUGCCCUCUUAGAAGGCCUGACUGUUGUUUAUAAGAGCAGCAUUGACCUGUAUUUUUAUGUUAUCGGCAGCUCCUAUGAAAAUGAGCUGAUGCUAAUGGCUGUGCUCAACUGCCUCUUUGACUCACUCAGUCAGAUGUUGCGAAAGAAUGUGGAGAAACGAGCUCUCCUAGAGAACAUGGAAGGCCUUUUCCUCGCAGUGGAUGAAAUUGUGGAUGGGGGGGUGAUUUUGGAGAGUGAUCCCCAGCAAGUUUUACAUAGGGUUGCUGUACGUGGGGAGGAUGUCCCUCUCACAGAACAGACAGUCUCACAGGUACUGCAGUCAGCAAAGGAACAGAUUAAGUGGUCCCUUCUGCGAUGAAGAACCAUGUGGGAUCUGAUCCAUUGACCUGCUGUCUCCAACUGAACCUCCUGUCUGUUUGUCUUGCACUGACCAAAUUAUAACAUGACCACCAUUUUUGACAGA